UAAGAAAUCAAAACAAACCUGACAAGUGUUCGUGCGUAAAACGUCAUCAGAUUUGCUAGAGAGGGGUACAUAAAUUGAUGACGUAGUUCACAUAUUACACAAAGCAAAAUGGAUAGUUGUAGAGCAGUUGAAAAAGAAGUGGAUAGAGUUUUGUCGAAAUUCGUGGGUAUUGAUGGCCACACGACCCAAUCUUUAGACGAUCUUAUACAAUAUGUUUCGGGGAUAUCACAGGAACUUUCCGUAGAUGUCAAUCGACCGGAAGUAUCGACUACACAACAGUUAAUUUUGCAGCAAUGUUGCCAAAAAAUCAAAGAUACGGUUUCUCGACUUGCAAGCGAACACAAGGACUUACACAGCAGUGUGUCGAAAGUGGGUAAAGCAAUUGAUAGGAAUUUCGUCACAGAAUUCAAUGGUAUUGCUCAGGACUAUGUAUUUGAAGGUGUUGAAAAACAGGAAAUGUUGAAUAAAGUUAUCGUUGAACACUUUCUACGUCAAGGAAUGUUGGAUAUUGCGGAGGAACUCAUAAAUGAAACAAACAUAGAAAUUGAUCCAGUCGCCAAGGAACCAUUUCUUGAGUUACAUCGUAUUCUUGAAGCCCUGAAACACAAUGACCUUGAUCCCGCUCUCACGUGGUCUAGGGUGCAUCGUCAACAACUCCAAGCACAGAACAGUUCUCUUGAGUUUAAACUUCACAGACUUCACUUCAUACGCUUGAUAAGCCAAGGCCCCGAGAAACAACAAGAGGCCCUUCUUUACUCUCAAAAUUUCGCUCCUUUUUCCAGUCAGCAUGAACGAGACAUUCAGAUUUUAAUGGGCAGUUUGUUGUAUAUGAAAAGAGGCAUUCAGAGUUCACCAUAUGCUUAUUUAUUGGACACUAUAAAUUGGAUUGAAAUAGCAGAUGUUUUUACAAGGGAUGCAUGUUCGUUACUUGGAAUGUCUGUUGAGAGUCCACUUAGUGUGUGUAUUCGUGCUGGCUGUUCUGCCCUCCCCCCUCUGUUGAACAUUAAACAAGUCAUGCAACAACGACAGUGUACAGGAGUAUGGAGUGCCAAAGAUGAACUUCCUGUUGAGAUCGAUCUAGGAAAAGAGUGCAGAUAUCAUUCAAUUUUUGCUUGUCCAAUUUUGAGACAACAAAGUACAGGCAGUAACCCCCCAGUACGUCUCGUAUGCGGACAUUGCAUAUCGAAAGAUGCACUUAAUAAACUGGCCAAUGGCAGCAAAGUGAAGUGUCCAUAUUGCCCUGUGGAACAGUCACCUGCAGAUGCUAAAGAAAUCAUAUUUUGAACACUAACACUAAACAUGUCUGAAGAAUUUAUUAACAUUAGCAAAUGUAAAUACAAAUGUAAACUUGCCGUCAUUGAUUGACGUAGAACUAUAAUUUAUUUAAUUGAUGUUAAAAGACUUAGAUAUGAUAUUUAGUGUUUAAUGAAAGACCUUUGAAAAGUAUUUCUGGUCUAAGAGAACAUCAGACAAUUUUUAGGAUGUCCCUCCAGUGAUCAGGUGAUUGAACUUACCUGGUACAGUGAAUACAAUGAACUAUAAUUGACUAGUGACUAGUUCUUUACACCAAAUGACAGUGUUUUUAUAACUAAAUGUAAUAGAAAAUUAUUUAGAUCAAAAAAUAUAGCGGCAUGUACAUGUUAUAUGUAAAUGCAUUGUA